UUCAGACGUGCAAGUUUGAUGUGAUAUAACGAAUUAUUAUUAUAAAACUAUAUUUCUUUUAUCUCUAUGCAUUUCUAUGCUUUAAAGUGUAAAACAAAAAUGUUUCAAGGCUAGCUACCAGGUCAGGUUUGUCAGCUAGUUUUACAGACGAAAAACUAGCUAGCUAAAUGAGCUCCCAAUGAGAACACUGAUAACCUUUCAGUUCAAACAUGUGUGAAAAGAGCGCAACUAAACUCUUCUCUGCUGUCCGAUUUAAAGCUCUUGACUAUGUUUUUGAGGCCAACACUACUUUAAAGGUUGCCAUGAACAUACUGGCGCUGCCAACACCUUAUCUAACUGGUACCAGUGACCUGUACCCUCACACUGAAAGUCUCCCUGAUGUCACCUACAGGAAGCCAUGGAUCCGAGGACAGGUGAUUUCUUCCUGCAAACUCUUUAUCAGUGCUUCAGUUCUUAAUGACCUUCGAGAGAAAAAUCAGCCAGUUAAUUUACUGGAAAGAUUUUCUGUGGAAAAGGAUGUGGCGAUAAUUCCCAGCUCUAAUCCUGACUCCAUUGACCAGGAUCAGUAUGUUUGCCUCCUGAAUAAGCAGAUUGAUGAUACUUGUCAGGAAACCUUUUCUAAGUGGACAACUGACCAGAAGAGUUCAGAAAGUAAAAGCAAAGAUCUCUUUCUUUCUGAGGAGUUCAUAACUCCAGACUUGCUGUCGGAUUUAAAAAGACAUUUACCUCCUCUGAAAGCCAAACUGUCCAGACUUAAGACGCUCCCUGUGACUGACCCUCUGCUGAACUCAACAGGAAUCGCCAUCUCCAAGGACUCAAUCUUCAGGCAGUGUGCAUCCUACCAGAAACCUUUAGAUGUCGACACCAUCGGUGGUAGAACGUGUGGAGACGUUCAGGAGGAGUUUGUUAAACAGCCACUCUUUGAGACAGAGAUGUCUUCUCUGCAGUCUCUGCUGUUACCACCUGUAGUCGACAGUCUCCAGUCUAACUCACAGAACUACACGGCUUAUUCCAGUGUUUGUGGUUAUGUAAACAUUACUCCAGAACCACUGGAUGAGCAGUGCCCUAUCCUGGAUUUGCUUCACAGAACCUCUCUUUCAAAGGUUUCAGUGGAUAUUUCUCAGUUUGAUGUACAACAGGAACAAAGAAAAAGCAAAUUGAGUGAAAGACUGAUCGAGUUAGAAUGCUUAGGGAAUGCUGUGUCUCCAGCUAGAACAGAGCUGGACCUCAUUCUGAGCCCGAUUCCUAAGAAGAAGCAAGCCCAAAUCGAUCUGUCCACAUCUCAUCUCCAGAAAGAAGUGCUGUCACCUUUUAGCCCAAUAUCUUUGAUGUCAACAAGAACUCAGUAUGAGAUGAAGAAAUCAGUUUGGACCUCAGAGAAGCAUCUGACCUCUGUUGUGCACUUUCUGUUGUCAGAGCCUUCUUUAUGUGAACCGGCCGCAAGCUUUCAACCCAUGUGUGAAGCACUGGGAGUUUUUAACUUACAAAAACAGAGUUCCAGCGGUGCCGGUGACAACCUGGAACUACAGCUGGAGCCAGCAAACCCAGAGAUAGUUUUGGGUAAAAAUCUUGAGUUCAUCGAGAGGAGGAUGUCUGAGGUUCCUACAAACAGAAAGGUGGAGAAGGAAGACUUCAGAAGACUGUUACCUGAAGAUGAGGAGGAUGAGGAUCUGUAUAAAGUUGAAUUUGUCGGGGUGGAUUGUCCAAACAAAGCUCAUCUCCAAAAAGAAGGCACUGUUGAUUCAUCUCAAAGCUCGUUCUCGAUACCCAUAGUCGGUACCAACAGUCAGGAACAAGGUUCUGUUGCUAUAGCCGGCACCGGAGAGGAAACUUCAGAAAAGAGAUUGUCAGAAUCUGCUGUCGGGUCAUCAACGCUUGCAAACAUCAGCAGCGUAAAUGAUGGGUUUAAGACCGUGCGGACCUCCCAUAUUUCUGAGUGGAAUCUGCCAACUAGAUCAAAUAUCAGAGGUAAUCAGAAGAGUUUGAUCUUUAAAAAACAUCAGCCAGAGAAAAACCUCGACCCUCUGUCUGACUUCAUGAUGCUGAGGUCACAGCAGGUAGCUUCAGGUGGUGCAACAUCUCCAAGUUCAAGUAUCUCUGCAGUAGCAGAAGAGGUGAACCAUCCAACACCAGAGACGGAGCAGCAGGCUCCCCCAGAAAUGAUGAAGACAACUGACAGGAAGCCAGGAUACAUGAGCGUUGCUGUGAAAGGAGAUGCUUUUAGAGAGCAGAACCCCACUGCUCUGAGGAUGAGUCAGCUUGAUGGUCGUCCUGUCGGUGACUCAGGCCUUCAGGAGAAACCUUACAGCAGGCUCAUUCAGGUUCAGGCAACAGAAAGUCAGCAGCAUGCUUACUGUGAGCUGCUGGCCUUCGCUCAGCCUUGUCUGAGUUCUGCCAGACAGCUGGGGCUCAAAUUCCACUCAUGGGGAGACUUCAGCUGUUUGGCCCCGGACCAGACACAUUUCCUCCUCAAACAGCAGGAGAGGGCCUUCUGCAGGACCCCGGCAGGCAGCACAACGCUAGCCAAUGAUCAGGAGCAGCUUUUUAACCUGGCUGCUUUGAUCCAUGUGUUGGUGACAUUCAAAGAGCUGCUGCUGAAGUGUGACCUGAGUAUUGCCGUUGAGUACCUGACCAAAGCAGCUGAGACAUGUGUAGAUCACAGCCUCAUGCAGCUGCUGAAGAGGCAGCAGAUCAUCCUCUUCCUCCGUCACAAGAAGGAAGAUUCCAACUUCAAACUGCUGGAGCUUCAGCAACGAUUGGCUGAAUGGCUGGAAAGCAGAAAAGGAAGCGACACUACAGGGAAAGUUCUUGUCAUCCUGUCUGUGGAAUCUUAUGAAACCAGUUCAAUGAUCGUCAGCAACCUGAGCAAAGUGACUGGAGCUGCUGUGAGUUCAGUUUGUCCCGAUGAGGACAAGAAGAAACUGAAUGGUGCCAGUGUGGUCAGCAGUGUGUGCGACAGUGAUUGUGUGCUGGUGUUUGAGCAGCAUAUCGGUCCUGACUUUCCUUGGAGCUGUUUCUCUCUCCUGGUGGAGUUUGACCAUCCAGGCCAGUCCCCCUGGUCCACGAUCUGCAGUGAGAGGAACAUCUGUCAUCUCUCCUUCAUCACCAGCCUCUCUGACACUGACUUGGACAAAAUCUCUUGGAGACUGGAGGAAAAAAUCCCGUUUGUGUUGUUAGUCACCGAGGGGCUUCUGAACUCUCCUCUGCUGCUGCAGACACUUGAGUCAGGUUUCAGUGUAACUGUGCUGGAAAGGAGCCCCUGUCCGACACUGCAAAAGCUCGGAGGGAUCCACAAUUAUGCUGUGAUCACAGUGGACGAAAGCACCGCUAUCAUCAUUCAGGAGCAGGAUGAACUUGGUCAAGAUGGAGCCAGUGAGGGUCUGGUAAUGAGGCUGAGUGCUCUCUCUCUGCAAUACAGCUGCUGUUGGCUCAUCCUGCACUGCCCUGACAUCCAGUGUGGAGGAUUUUCAAGUGAAGCCUUCAAUAACUUGGUGUUGGUUUAUUCGUCGCUGGUUCUGUUUGGCAUGAAGUCCAAAGAACUGGAUGUGAAGGUCCUGAUAGUGUCAGAAGUGUUGGAAAUGGCCCAGUUUAUCAUUCAGAUCUGCUUCAGCACCCUGAUGUCCAGAGACAUUGAUCCUCUGACCUACCUGAACAGAGACUGGCUGACUGUGAGCCCAUCUCAGGAGGAAGAGUGUCUGUCCCAGUUUCCGUGUAUUAAUCCUCUGGUUAGUCAGUUCAUGUUAAAAAGAGCUCCAUCCCUGCAGUGGCUCCUAGGGGCCGGUCUGCCCCAGCUGACAGAGUUACUUCCUGAAGUGCCACAUAAAGUCCUUAAGCUGUUCAGUGACAUCACCUCCUUGUACUCGAGGGAUGCAGAGCCCAAAUCCCCUCAGACAACCAUUAAUGAGACAAACCAACAAACUGGGCCUUUAAAAAGCCCUCAGACCUUCAGUGCUGAGUCUGAGUUCAUGAACUGUCCGCAACCAGAGCUGUUUAGCAGCGGCCCCAACAGUAGCUUCCUAUGUGGAGCUAUGAACCCAGAGGACCUGUUCCCUAACGGAGACCCAGACUCUUCUGACUUCAAAUUUGACCUGAAUUGGUCUUUUGGGAGCCCAAUUAUUGACCUCCAGAAAAACUGGACCAGAAGAGAUCCCUGGGAGGGGGAGAAGAAGGUUCCUUCGUGGACAGGCAGAGCUGGAGCUGCUGGGAGAGUUGUUGAAAGAGUGAAUGAUGUGUGGACGCUGAGAGAGUCCCCAGAUAAGUUCUGCUCGUACCUACACACAGCCGGCACCCCAGUGAUACCCAGUUACAGCCCCUUCCUGCUGCAGGCAGCCAACGGUCACACAUCUUCCCGUCCUGUGAUCUACAGCGACCUCCAGCAUCCUCAGAGCUGUCACUUCAUCUACAGUUGUAGCCCAACUACUGAAGUCAUGUGGGAUCAAAGUUAUGACUGCAUCGCUGGUAGUGGAGGGAUGGCAGUAGGUUCACCUUAUAAUGAACCUAGGUUCUGGAAAGGUCAGGAGAAAAAAAGGAGUGCAGACGCAGCUGGUCUGGUUGGAUCAGGGCAGACACCACAGAAGAGGGGACAGCUGAUCUAUGAAAGAGUACCAGGCAGAAAAGAUGGACAGACGAGGCUUAAAUUAUUUUAAUGUUUUAUGGUUUUAAAGGUUUUUGUUCAAAAAACAUUAUAACAUCGUUUAACAGCAUUGCAAUAAAUGUUGCCAACAUUA